ACCCCUCCACCUUUUUCACGUUGGAGCUUUUGUACCGUUACUUUACGCAAUAAGAAAACAAAAACAAAAUAAAAAAACAAAAAAAUAAAAAAUGGCUAUGGCUGGGUUGUACCGGCGAUCACUUCCUUCUCCACCUGCAAUUGAUUUCGCUUCUUCUGAAGGCAAGAAGCUUUUCAUCGAGGCCAUUCAAAAUGGGACAAUGGAGGGCUUUUAUAGGUUGAUUUCUAAUUUUCAGACACAAUCAGAGCCUGCAUAUUGUGGAUUGGCCAGUCUGUCCAUGGUCUUGAAUGCCCUCGCUAUUGAUCCAGGAAGAAAAUGGAAGGGACCUUGGAGAUGGUUUGAUGAAUCUAUGCUUGACUGCUGUGAAUCAUUGGAAAAUGUUAGAACUAGAGGCAUCUCAUUUGGGAAGGUUGUAUGUUUAGCUCACUGUGCUGGAGCAAAAGUUGAAGCCUUCCGCACAAAUCACACUACCAUUGAUGAAUUCCGUAAACAUGUCAUUACAUGUUCCACUUCUGAUAAUUGUCAUGUGAUCUCAUCAUAUCAUAGAUCUGCUUUGAAACAGACAGGAACAGGUCAUUUUUCACCUAUUGGUGGUUAUCAUGCUGGAAGAGACAUGGCGCUAAUAUUGGAUGUUGCACGUUUUAAAUAUCCUCCUCAUUGGGUUCCUCUCAGUAAUCUUUGGGAAGGAAUGAAUAUUAUUGAUGAUUCAACUGGACAACAUAGAGGGUUCAUGCUUAUAUCUACGCCUCACAGGGAGCCAGGACUGCUUUAUACCCUGAGCUGUAAACAUGAGAGUUGGGUCAGUAUUGCAAAGUACAUAAUUGAAGAUGUUCCUCUUCUCUUGAAGUCAGAGGGUGUGAAUGACAUUCAGAAAGUUCUCUCUGUUGUUUUCUCAUCGCUCCCAUCAAAUUUUGGAGAAUUUAUCAAGUGGAUUGCAGAGGUUAGGAGUCAAGAGGAUUUUGGUCAGACUUUAAGCACAGAGGAGAAAGCAAGGGUUGCCAUGAAGGAAGAAGUAUUGAAACAGGUGCAGGAGACUGGCCUAUUUAGACAUGUGGCAGCAUUUUUGUCUUCAGCAAAUUCUUGCUGCCAAAACUUACCACCUUUGGGUUUUGAAGACAAUUUGCCUAACAUUGCUGCAACUGUUUGUUGCCAAGGAGCAGAAAUUUGGGCUGGGAAGUAUGGCUCAUUGAAUGGAUAUUGUUGUCGCGAAACUUGUGUAAAAUGCUUGAAGGCUAAUGGUGACAAGGCUGUUACGGUAGUGUCUGGGACAGUGGUUAAUGGAAAAUGUGAGCAGGGUGUUGACAUUUUGGUUCCUUCAUCCCAAACAAAACAGAGUUGCUCUUGCUUUGCCUCAAGCAAUUACAUUGGGAUGCUCCCAGCUAGUAAUGACGUUCUUACUGCACUUUUACUAGCAUUGCCUCCAGAAACAUGGUCUGGUAUUAAAGACAAGAAGCUUUUGCAGGAAAUAUCCAGCCUUGUUUCGACCGAAAAGCUUCCCACCUUGGUUCAAGAGGAGGUUUUGCACUUAAGAGACCAGCUCCACCUUCUCAAGAGAUGCCAAGAGAACAAGAUAGAUGAGGAUCUUGGUGCACCUCUCUCUUAGCUCCCCCAUUUGACUCAUUUUCUGUGUUAGUGUAUUUAUGUGUCUAAGAAAAGAGCAAGUCCUUACCCAUUAUGAGUGUAGAAGGUAGAAUAUUAGAGUCUUACAGCAACAAGGCUAUUUCCUGCUAUUUUUGAGGAUUUUGGUUGAAUUAGCUGUUUCAACUUGUCAACAAUAUCCUAGCUCUAGCGUCGCUCAAGUCUGACCAUGAAUUGGGAAUGAAAAUUUUGUGGUUUAUAUGCACACAAGUUCUUUUAGACUC